UAAUCUUGAGCGCAAUUUGGAGAAGUACUGUAUCUAGCUAGUUAGCUUUGACUGUGCAGAAUUUUGGGUGAAAACUCUCACAUGUUCUGUCCAGAUACUGCAACCCGUUACCGGGAAAGUGAACAAAUAAAUAUGUGUCUGGAUGAUUAAUAUUUUGAAGGUCCUUAUAUAAGUAGAUAUUCACAAUUUAGUCCUAUUUAUUCUGGUAAAGCAGUCUUUGGAGAAGAACAAGGUGUUGUUUUCGCCAUGGAUAUGGAACGACAGAAACGAAGGGAGGAAAUCCAGAAAGCUAUGGGCUUUAUUCAGUCCUCCUUGCCUUUCCCAGAGCCUGAGAAUUAUGCGGCUUUUUUGACCCAGUUGGUGUGUAACUUGCUGGACGAGGGAAACACCGUGUUUCGGGAUGGGGAAUGGAGGCAGGCAGCGCAGCAUUACAGUGAGGGAGUCAACGUGGCCCGCUAUGCUCAGGCAGAGGCACUGGUCAUUCCGCCUGAGCUUCUGGAGAGCCUCUAUGUCAACAGGGCAGCGGCACACUCUCAGUUUGGGGAGUUUGAGCGGGGUGUACAGGACUGCGAUAGCGCGCUGUGCGUGUGUGAGGGCAGUCGCAGGGCUCUCUACAGGAAAGCUCUAUGUCUGAGAGAGCUGGGCAGACUCAGGGAGGCCUAUGAGUGUGGCACCGGGUGCCUGCUCACUGCCCCACAUGACAGGCAGGUGGGUGAACUGGCCCAGGACCUGGCUAAUAAACUGGGCCUGAAGGUUCGUAAGGCCUACAUCAGCUCUCAGGUGGAGUCCUCAACGUCAGGGAGGGAGAGCAAUAGAGAGAAUUCUUCACCCACAGGAGAGACAUCCGCCAACGGGCUAGAAUCUUUGACUGACAUUGCAUCAGUUUUUAUUCGUCCCUCCUCCGUUCCAGCUGAUCUGUCCAGUGCCCAGUGUAUCCCUGCCCCGCUGGCCACGCCCAUCCCUGUCAGCGAUGAGCCCUCGAGCCCAGUGGCCAUGCCCUGUGCUGACCUAUCAGAGAGCCCCAGUACGGUCCUACCGCCCAUGCCCUAUUCCGUUCCCGUGUCGGAGCACAUGGAGGAGUGCAGCGUGAUCGCUGACGAUCUGGACAGCCUGCUGGGGGACUGCAUCUCCAAGAAAGUUAGCGAGUCACAAAGCCCAGUCCAGGGUGCUAUCCCCACCAACCUCCCCAACACAGCUAUGGGUCUGCACCCUCCAUACUCCUCCAGCCUCCCCGCCCCCUCGCCCCAGCUCCCCCCUGCCUUCUUCAGCUCCUCGGUCAGCCAGAUGCCCUCAUUGGAGCCUUACCCCUCACUGGGCCAGAGGGACCAGACCUCCACACAGGCGCUGGACGCCCUGGGGGCCUUCUCCCUGGGGACAGGGGACAUGGAGGGUAAAGGAGGGGUUGGAAUUGGAGGCCUGGACUCACUCUCUGAGUACACUUUGCCUGGGGGAAGAAUCUCUCACAGCUUCAUCCCUGGGAUCUGCAACCACAGCUCCACUCACACGAAUGUCCCAGCAGGUACUAACCUCUCCCUGCUCUCCCGGAACCCACUGGCUGCCACCCACGAGUUCAGACAGGCCUGCCAUGCCUGUUACAGCCGCAUAGGUCCACGGGUGAUUGACUACCAGUACCAGCCAGAGGCGGCUCACCGCUGUAAGAGGGACGUCCUGCUGUGUCGCUUUAAAAACACAGACGACCCCACAUGGAAGAGAGUCAGGCCUCGUCCCGCUAGAAACAACUUCCUCGGGGCCUUUGUCCUCUGCAAAGAGGUCCAGGAGCGCCAGGAGUGCCAGUAUGGGGAGAACUGCACGUUUGCAUACUGCCAGGAGGAAAUAGACGUGUGGACCCAGGAGAGGAAGGGGGCUCUGAGCAGGGAGCUGCUGUUUGACCCGCUGGGAAGCACCGAGAGACGGGCACUCAGCGUCACACGCCUGCUGCAGCUACACAUGGGCAUGUUCAUGUUCCUCUGUGAGGAAUGUUUUGACAGUAAGCCUCGCAUUAUCAGCAAACGCAGCAAAGAGAACUUGGCUGUCUGCUCAAACCUCACCGCCCGACAUCCCUUCGAUGAUAACAAGUGCCUAGUGCAUGUGGUGCGUUCGGCCAACGUGCGCUACAGUAAGGUGCGCCCGCUGCACCCCCUCUGCCAGUUUGACGUGUGUCGCCACGAGGUGCGUUACGGCUGCCAGCGCGAGGACAGCUGCUCCUUCGCCCACUCCGUCAUAGAACUCAAGUGCUGGGUACUGCAGCAGGACACAGGUAUCACCCACGAGGAGAUGGUACAGGAGUCCAAGAGGCACUGGUACAGGCUAGAGCAAAAUGCUCAGAGACAGAAGCCUAUGCAUGUCCCACACCAGAGCUGUGGUGGGGUGGGGGGAAUAGGAGGGGGAGACAAUCUCGGGGGUGGAGGGGUUGGCUCCGGAGGUGGAGGAGUUGGAGGAGGAGGGAGAGGCAGAGGGCUGAACCUGAAGAUGAAGUUUGUCUGUGGCCAGUGUUGGCGGGACGGACAGGUCAAUGAACCAGACAAGGCCCUCAAGUACUGCACUGCUAAAGCAAGGCACAGCUGGACUAAGGAGCGUCGGGUAUUGCUUGUGAAAUCCUUUGAGAAGAAGAAGUGGGUCGUUGUGCGGCCGCUUCCCUUCUCCCGUACAUACCCACAGCAGUACGACAUGUGUGUCCAUGUGAUGAAGCAGAAGAAGUGCCACUACAUCGGAAAUUGUUCCUUCGCCCACAGUCUGGAGGAGAGGGACGUCUGGACGUACAUGAAGGACAACAGCUUGAGGGACAUGCAGCAGAUGUAUGACAUGUGGCUCACGAUGACCAAUCAGAACAGACGCACUGACAGAAGCCUCAUGACCCCUCCUCCGGAGGAGAAACAGGUUUCGAUGACAACCGACUACACCGAGUCAUUGUCAGGGCAGCGGUUGUCAGAAGGAGGAGAUAUGUGAGUGUUGUCGUGCUGAGGAGGAGCUGGCCCUGGAGACGUGGAUAGGAGACCCCGCUCCCACUACACCAGAGACCAGCUACAGUACCUACCGCCUGUGACAUCAGUCUGAAUGCAAACACACAUACACAUCUUACAGUACAACAAAUUGCUGUUGCAACAGGCACCAACUCGUGUGACGCACACACACAGAAAGUUGUGUAUAAGAACAUUCACGCCCAUAAUCUGAAGGGUUUGGCAGUUAACUUCAAUCUGAACCUCAGUGUAUCUCUAACACGCUGCAGAUGUCAAUGUACUUUAUAUGUGUCCAUUAUAUUACCAUUGAAGGCAAAUAUCGAAUUGUCAGCAAAAAGAAAAGGCCCCAAAGUCGCCCCUUCUAACGAAUACGGAGUGGCUGUGUGGCCGAUACUUCUUCCUGGUGACUAAACAACCGAACAAAUUAGCCUGCAUAAUAUAUAUUUAAAAAAACGUAUUUUGAAGUUUGUUCAAAUCGCCCUAGUUUUUUUACAUUUCAGCUGUUCAGAAAUAUGAGGCAAAUGCGCAGAACGUGAUUCGGUUGUUUAGCUCUGGGAAUGAGGCGGCCAGGGGGGCAGUACAUGGGCAUAAUGGGGUGGUUGGAUUCGGUCGUGCAGCAUCAACCUUAAAAAUAAGCCCCUUAUCUAUGUAGCUAGGGGCAAAUGUCUACAACCAAAUCCUACCCUCCUUCCCUUGUGGGAAUGUAGAAAGAGGGAGAGAGAAAUCGGACAGAAAUGGUUUGUACGCCAUUUUGUUUGUCCAUGGGAGUUGGUGCUUCACUCUAUUCGUCUGCCAUAUUGGUAGAGUAUGAAUGUAAAGCCAGUCGUUAUGAGGAAGUCAUAAAAAUAAUUAUGGUUGUGGAAUGUAUUCGGAAUACCCAAGACAAAUCUUAUAUAACAUUUAAAAUGACCCCCUAUUCCCCCUUUUAUUAAUAGAAAUGGCACAGUAGUCUUGGUUAUAUACUGUAAGCAAGCUAGGCAGCCCUACCUGUGGCCAGCAACGACACGUAUACACAUUCACAUACACACUGAGUUGGGUCAGAAUGGAGCAGUUUCAUAAUAUUGCAUUGCAGGGCUAUAGGGAGUGACUGCAGACUCUUCACUCAGACCCAGUCAAACAACAUACUGUACCGUAUGCUUAAAACCUGGAGUUUUCACGGACUACAUGACUAUAACAAGGCUCCAGAUGUUAUCCGGGUCAGGUGACGUGACUUCAUCUGGCAUGUCUACCACCAGUUUAACCAGGAUCAAGUGAGGUUACCUUUGCCCUGUUAGCCCUCCAAUGUAAACCUAUGCUGAUUUAGCCAGGGAGAAAAGAUAAGCUCCAAAUCCCAAAGACUGAGUACAGGGACAAUACAUGGGGUUAAGAUGCAUAUGACAGAACAUUAGGGAUUCCAAUAAGGGAUUCCACAAGAAAGGGGAGGGAUUGUAGGGUAGUACAGCAGGAUGGAGCUUGAAUGGAUCCUGGAGUAUGGUGGCUUGGUCACAUGGGUGGUCAGGUUAGGGGAUGGGCACUGGACAGGUAGCUGGAUCCUGGGGUGGGUGGGCACUGGACAGGUAGCUUGAUCCUAGGGUGGGUUGGUGGCUGACAGGCUCGGGUAUUGUGAGAGAGGGAGGGCAUUAUGGAAGCAAUGAUGAAUACAUAAAAAGUCAAUUAAAAGGAAAAUGACUACCCAUAAUGUAGGCUAAAGAAGACUGACUAUCUAUAAUGUAGGCUGACUACCCAUAAUGCAGGGACAGGUUUUUCCCAUAUGGCCAGCAUCUCGUUCCCUUAUACCCGCACCAGACAUUAUGUAAUGGAGGUAUGUCUCUAUUCAUAUACAUUAUAUAUACAUAUUUACAGAUAUUGGUAUACUACUAAAGAUAAUUGAUAACUUAGCAGUUAAGCUUAAUUAAAUAUAACCUAAAACUUGUAUUGAUUACAUAGAACCUCUUGUUAUUGAGCUAUGCUAUAUGACAUGUAUCGCUGAACUAGAUGACUAGUGAUUUUAUUGCUUCUGUGAGGGUCAUUCCAGAGAUGUCUGUAGGAGCAAGGUUGACUGAUUCUCAUAACAGGAUAUGAAUUGAAUGGUUUUAGCUAAGCCAAAAGAAAGGGGAUUGGUUGGGUUAAAUGACAACAUGAGGGACAUGAUCAUCUCAGAACCCAGACAACGUAUGGUGUGUACUUGCCAUCUGAUGAGAGAUUUGAUCUAUGUGGAAGUAAUGGGUCUGGUAGGGAAAGUGUUACCUAAUUGGAAACAGUUUUUGAUCUAAUCAGUUUUUCCCGUUGAUCAAUAAACAAUAGAAUGCCAAGGUACUCCCUUCUAUAAACAUCAGUGAUUUAACAGAUUCACCUAGAUAGUAGAGUAGGUCAAUAAACUGUCCAAUCAGUUUUAGAGGAGUAACAAGAGGUGGGAGAGGCUUCUUCUGGAAUGACCCAGGUAUUUGCUUAACUGAGGGAACGUAUUACUACUGCUACUACUACUAUUAUGAUGAUGAUGAAUUAUGAUGACGAUAAUGAUUGCCAUUAUGACUAUUUCUAUUCUCCUAUAUGCUAUUGAUAUACGUAUAUAUGUUAAUUGCUAUGUAUAACUCUCUUUAUAAAUGUAUCCAUGUAUGAUUAUAAUACUUUACUGUAAACAGACGUAUGUGUAUGUUAAACAGGACUGUCCAGCAGGCAGGCCAGACAGGGAAGAGUUCAUAGUUUACCUUGUUCAAACUGGUACGAAGAACAACUCGGUUUAGUUUUAACAUACUUGCUGACUGUGACCUCACUCCCCGCAAGUUGGUUACGUAACAUAGCAUCAGUGUUCACAGGGCACCCUAGAUAACAGCAGACAGGUUACUGGACCAGGUUGUUGCUGAAGAUCUGAUUUGAUAUAGUCUUGGUUGCUUGAGGUUAGUGGAUUAUAGGGGAGUUGAGAUUGUAUGGAAGAUAAGGUUGGUCAGUCAGUCCAAUGGAAUGUGCUAGUGACACUUCGAAUUUCCAAAAGCCAUGUAAAUCGCUAAUGAUUGCUACCUGACUGCUACCGAGUGAGAUUAUAUAAUCAAUAAUACUCUAGUAUCAUUUAUUUAGUCAUUAACCCUGCUGGAACAACUCCAAGCAUACAUUGACGUCUGUAUACAUCAGUAUAGCACCUUAUUCAAUAUAUACCUAUAUAAAAGUAUACAUACCCCUAUCAUAUAAUCCUACUUUCUAUGAUACAUAUAACUAUAAUUAUACUUAGACACCUGUAUAAUUAAUUUAGAUAAGCGGUUCUGGUUUUCUCUGGUUGUUUGAAAAGGUCAUAGUCUGAUUUCAUUGGUUAUGUGCACCGUGCACACCGUACUACAUAAAUCCUUGUAUCUGCUCUGUUACUAGGUUUUUAGGGGCCUCCUUUGUCAUCAUCACAGUGUGCUGUUACCAAACAAAGGGGUCAGAGACAGGCUGGCAUUUUAGAAGUGUUCAAUCAACAGCCUUUGUUUUAACUGACUCAUGGUUGUAAACAAACAGUUAUAUCAGAAGGGUCAAUAAUAAUCUCAGGCUUUGUGCUUAGAGGGGACUGGAGGAACCGAAAAGUGGUCAGACCAGACUGUAUCCAAACCCACCAGAGAGAACUGCAUUCGAUCAUGAGACUGACUGAUUCGUCUUGGUUUAAGAAGAGGCUUUGACCCCAAAAAGCUUACAGUCAGAGGUUUAUUUCUCCUGUUGUCUUUCCAAGUAGAAGGCUGAAGACACUCUUGUAAACCUUGGUUCACUCCAUGUUCAUUAUUGCGCCACACAGGCAUUCCCUGUAUUAAAAAAAAGAGAUACACUUAUGUGAAUUGACACUCACCCAGCCACACCCACCCAUAGCCACAAUGAGCUGAUAUUAAUUUACAUUAGCAUUCGGAGUUAUUGGAUUAUUUUCAACUAUCUGGAAUAGGAACCAGAGUUUUAAGUGAAAAAAACAAGGCCUCUAUUUGUGUUAACUCUGUUUUGUCUUUAUUUUCUCUAUUUUUCCCUCCCUGGUUGGAAGUGAAUUACAAUGAUAAAUGGACCAAAUCUCUUGAAGGUGUUUAACAAUAAACAGGGUGUUUUAGAGAGA